GUUAUAUAAAUAUCGACUUUUAAUUAUUUUCAAUCGUCAUUCCAAGGGGUAGAGUAGCAGUAUCAGAGUUUAGUUUGAAUAUUAAUAAGCAGAAAUAAUUAAGACUAUACGGUCAGUAUAAAUAAUGAAGAAAUAAUUGUCGUUCAGGGUAGGUAAAAUAAAAUUCGUGUAACACGUGGUUAAUGUAUCUUUAAAUAGCGCGCGGUGUGUUUCCCUACUCUUGAGAAAGUCAAAAUGGCGGCGAGGAUAAUGCGCAUGCACGGGAUCCUCAAUGGUCGGGCAAAAACACAGCUGGUCUAUGAUCUCCGAAGCAAGCUGACGGUCGGAACGCUAUCAAUGUGAUUUUCGUGAAAUCCUUACCGAUCUACCGGUCAGAUCGCGAGGUCAAGGCAAGCGUGCGCGGUUAAUUCGUUCUUAGUGCUCGGCUGGUGUUAAUGAGUGUGUUUAGAUGUAUGCAAAACUCGGUAAUCGCGGUGUCACCACGAGGAUUUUUCACUGCCCUGGAUACAAAGGAGUUUCGUGAGGUGCUUCGAGCGUCCUUUCGGCAACGGGGGCACGGAGCAAAAAAUGUCGCCGUUGAGGCCGUAAUUGAAGGAUCUUCAUAGGGAGGAAGCGGAAGGUGCAAAAGUCGGGGUAGACGCGGGCCAAGGAAGAAAAAUGGCGUCGACCAGCGGGCACAAGAGGAACGGCUCGAGCUCGAGCAUGUUCGCCCACAAACGCACGGAGUCCGGCGGUGGUUUCAUCGGCCACAAACGCUCGGAGAGCGGUCACAAACGCGCCGAGAGCAUAUCCAGUGCCUUUGGCCACAAACGAUCCGAGAGUGGCCACAAGAGGAACGAGAGCGGCGGCGGUUUCGGGCACAAAAGGUCCGAGUCUGGCAGCAAUUACCAUGCUGGACAUCGAAGGAACGAAAGCAUGUACGCUAUGACAGGGCUCUAUGCGGAGAGUACUGGCACGGGCACGGAUGAGACCACAGACCCGCUGCAGGCUACCGGGAGCAGACUGACUCACGAUACUGUUAUAAGGUGUCACAGUAGAAAUCCCAGUUCCGGCCUCGUGGACCAUAGAGAUUUUAUCAUCAAAUGUCACAGCAGGAAUCCCAGUGCUUCCAUGGUGGACAGGACGGAGAAAGAAAGACCGCAAACACCCCCGUUUAAUCCGGACUCGAAGGACUGCGGAAUCCUGAGCUGCAGGCCAGCCUUUAUACAGCGAUUCGCCGGAAUAAAGGUGUUCGUGUUCCUUCUCUCGUUUCUCGUCACGUUGCAGCAAGCACUUAGUUCAGGUUACAUUAAUUCUGUGAUCACGACCAUAGAGAAGAGGUUCGAAAUCCCGUCCAGCCUUUCAGGCGUCAUCGCGAGCUCCUACGAGAUCGGGAAUGUCAUCACCGUCAUCUUCGUCAGCUAUCUCGGUAGCCGUCGUCAUAUACCUGUUUGGAUAGCGAUAGGGGCUGUAAUAAUGGGACUGGGAUCGAUGAUCUUCAUGGUGCCACAUUUCACGGCCGAGCCUAAUCUGAUGACGGCUGCGAAUAACUCAAGCUCCGACAACAUUUGUCGAGGGGUAUCGUUGCGCGAACAAGAUAUGGGCUUGGGUCGUUUGUCGUCUGGAUUGUCGUCGCCACCUUUGGCGCCACACAAUAAUUUGAGAUUCGAUAAUUGCAUCCAAGGAUCACCGUCUACCGCCGGCCCUGUUAUGUUAUUUGUACUUGCUCAGUUAUUAUUAGGCUGCGGCGGUUCUCCUCUCUUUACUCUUGGUACUACUUACAUAGACGAUCAUGUUCGGCCAGAGAGUGCUUCUUUGUAUAUCGGUUGUAUGUAUAGUAUGGCUGCGUUUGGGCCAGUCUUAGGUUUCCUACUUGGAGCUUAUUUACUGUCCUUUCACAUGGAUUCCUUUUCCGCGACGAUUAUCAAUAUAGGUCCAGGCGAUCACAGAUGGGUCGGCAUGUGGUGGGGUGGAUUUCUACUUUGCGGUUUAUUGUUAAUUUUAGUCGCAAUCCCGUUCUUCAGUUUCCCGAAAAUACUGCAACGCGAGAAAGAAAAGAUACGAAUUAUCGAGAAAAAUAAAUCGGCGUCGCAGAAAGAAAAGGAACAAUCCAAGGAACCCAAGAAAGAGAAACUGGAUGACUCCGGUUACGGCAAGGAUGUGAAAGAUAUACCCAGGAGCAUGUGGAGGCUCGUGUGCAACCCAGUGUACGUGGUGACCUGUCUGGGAGCUUGCAUGGAGCUAGUGAUUGUCUCUGGAUUCGUCGUUUUUCUCCCGAAAUAUCUCGAAACACAGUUCAGUCUAGGGAAAAGUCAGGCCAGCGUGUUCACCGGGUCGAUAGCGAUACCUGGGGCCUGCAUUGGGAUCUUCUUCGGCGGAUGUUUGCUCAAACGAUUAGAAUUAAGGCCGAAGGGCGCGGUACAAUUCGUUCUCGUCUCGAACAUGAUAUGCCUGGUGUGUUACGGCCUUCUAUUUUUCCUCGGUUGCGACAACGUGAAGAUGGCUGGGACCACUAUUCCGUACUUUAACAGCAGCACGAAGGGCCCGGAGCCUUUUCAAGUAAAUCUCACUGCCGCAUGCAACUUUGGUUGCGAAUGUCGAAUGACAGAUGUCGAGCCAGUCUGCGGAAACAAUGGUCUGACGUACUUCAGUCCAUGCCACGCAGGCUGCACUGCCUUUAGUUCCAAAUCGAAUUUCACCAAUUGUGCAUGUAUACACGGAAACUUAACAAUGUUGCCACCGGCAGCUCCGGAAUUUGCGGAAGUGACGGUAGUACCGGUAGCCACUGCCGGUCCUUGCACUUCCCCGUGCAGAACAAUAUUUCCUUUCUUGAUUUUACUGUUCUUCAUGACUUUUAUCGUCGCUAUCACGCAGAUGCCACUGCUAAUGAUAGUAUUGCGAUCAGUCUCGGAGGAAGAACGGUCGUUCGCUUUGGGCAUGCAAUUUGUAAUCUUUCGACUGUUCGGUUACAUACCAGCUCCUAUUUUAUUCGGUAACUUAAUCGACUCUACGUGCUUACUGUGGAAGAGCACUUGCGGAGAAAAAGGUGGUCGUUGCCUGCUAUACGACAUCGAACAAUUUAGAUACAGAUACGUCGGACUCUGCGCCGGCAUAAAGAUUUUAGCUUUGGCGCUGUUCCUCAUCGACUGGUGGUUAGUUAGAAGGAGAAAACAGAUGGAAGACCAAGCACCGUCUUUCACUGUUAACGAAUUUGUAGGAUCAAUUAUCAGUCUUGACAAGUUGUUCGAAGAAAAGCCACACCAUCAUCACGCAAUUGAAGGGGACGGUACCACUCCCAAUUCGGAACUAGGUACACCGUCUUCUGUUUCGUCGCCCACGGAGCCUACGAAGUCGACGAAUCUGGAAGAGACUGGGUCGUCGAAUCAAACUCAAGACUCGACGGAAACAGCAAACCGAUCAAAAAGCACGAUGGACGUUGAUGUUCCCGAUACAAGGCAAGCGCCUCUUGCCAUGGAAGAGCCAGACGUGGAGGUGAAACCAUUGACUGGUAAAGUGGACAACCAUGCUCGGAACGUUUAAUGUUUAUCUCGUAUUAGAGGCUAUACAAAUGAAUAUAUCAAAGUGGUGAUACGCAAGUCUGUGGCAAAUCAUUUUGAUGUCGCGAGUGACCUAACAAUAUAUGUACAACGUGCGUGCAUUAUUGAUUUAUACAAUCCUAAAAGGGGAGUGUUAUUGUGACUUUGAAUAAAAGGGGGAAGAGAUAUUCGUGGUGUUUAUGGUGCUAAUAUACUUUUUUAAAGAAGUUUAAUGACGAAGAAUCAACUUAUAUAUCGUUCUGUAUAUCGUCAGAUAUGAGAUUAAAUUGCGUUGAAAAUAUAAGUGAACCAAUACAUAUAUUCUUGCACACUGGCGAGUCCAAAAUAUUUUUACAAAUAAUUACAUUUGCGUGGAAAAUAUCAUUUAUCAUUCAGAAUAAUUUGCCACAGAUUUCUCGUUACGGUUUGGCUAUUUUUAGGAACUAAUAUCACUAGGGUGUACAUUUUUACGGUGAUGCGAUAUAUAUGUCAAUAAAUAGGAAUAUAAUAGGUGAACACAAGGCUUGUUUCGGACACGCAGCUUGGAAUACGACGUUGCGUGCGUCAACGAGUCUUAACAUUCGUGCUGUCUGGAACAAGUUCUCGUGAAACGAGCCUUGAAGGGUUUUUGAAUUAAAAAAAGAAAGGCCAACAAGGACAAAACUUGUACAUAUAAAAAUUCCUGCCUUAAGAAAUACAAGACUAGACAAACGUAUAUUUAACAAACAAAAAAAACUAAUUAAGUGAUAGAAUUAACGGUCUGUAUGAAUAUCAUUAAUUGCAGAUCGAGAGCUGCGAUUUAUUUUAUAACUAGAGUUAGGCUUUCUCAGAAAAAGUAGUCAAUUUAAUGUAGUGAUGUAAACGGACGAAAAUCAUAGUUGAAUCGUUUAUCGAUACUUUAACACAAUUAUAAUAGUGUACAUUUUAUUCUUUUUCCGCAGACAGAUACUAUCGAGAACAAAAAAGUAAUUCACGCUUUAAAGAAGCGGCACCUGAUCUCUAAUGUUUUCUUCUGAAUGUAUCAGCCAACACUAUCUUAAGAGCUUUCAGAAAAUCUUAGCGUAUACAAUGAAAAUGUUCGAGCGAUGUUUCGUCGUAACGCGUACUGUUACUUCGUGUCCUAUAUUGAAUGAAUUAUGCUUCCAAGCAACGAACAACAAAAAAAAAAAAUAUGAAAACCACAGGUUUACGUUGACAAAUGGUGGUUCGGUGAAUCAAGGGUCAAUUGGGAUUAAUGCCACUCGAGACCUGUCUCAAGUAAGUUCUGGCUUUACACCGUUAUAGCUCACUCGUUGUUGAAGAGGAAUCUAGUUGUUUUGUACCUGAAAGCCUGUCGUAUCAAUUUCGAUAUUACAAAAUAAAAAGAAAAUUAUAAAGCAUAGGAGAAAGAACUAUAUAAACUCACUCAGGAAAGAAAAUUCUAUAGGGCGGUAAGAGCACCAUUAAUUCAAAUUGAAAUUGAAAGAUAUAGAAAGAACACGAAUAUGAAUAUCUAUCACUGCAAAAUGGAAUCGUAGCCUAAGAAAAUGAAUAUCGUAAAGUUAACUUCGUUCAGCUCAAUUUCUUUUAAAGUAAGACAAGCUAAAAGCAACUGAACAAAUUUUACAAGAGAAUGCUUUAACAAAAUGGAAUGAUUACAAAGGACAACAUGUGUUUGCAUGAGUCGAUUAUUUGAACCGUUUCACUCUAUCGCUUCGGGUACGAAACUGUUCCACAGAUGCUAAUACGAACAAUAUAGCGUUAAUUUUACGUAAUCUUCAAACACUAUGCUGGCAAAGACUUGGUCACAGCAUUUACUUACGUUAACACUUACCUAUGUACGAUAAUCUUCGCACGCUGUUUGGCCCGUCACUGUCAAUUUUUCGAAGUGUAGUACACGCUACUAUAUUUUAGAUGCAAUUUUGAUGUUUGAACGUGACCUCUCCGCAAGGUCGACCGUUCGUGCCAUUCUCGAGACCGUGAUGAUCUCUCUAACUACAUAUUGUAAUGCACUUACAUACCUACUUUGUGAUAUGAAACUCUCCCGAACGGUAGGCUUUGCGGAAACCUGUAGAGAUUAACCAAACGUGAAAGAAAAAAUGAAUAAAAAAUAAAAUAAAAGUGCUGUGAAUAGAAGGAAAAUACACUUCGAAUCAAAUUCAAUUCAAUUUACACUUUGUCGAUGGUGAAAAAUGUGUAUUAACGCAGGGUGGUUUGCACAGAUUGAGUCACUCCAUCUUGCCAUACAGAGUACCUAAGCUUAUUAAUUGAUGUUACAGAAAAAAGUUCUCUUCGAUGUACCACUUUCAUAAGUGUCGUAGCUUUUAGGAAUUCAAGGUUGUGCUGACUUUUGAAACUGAUAUAUUCUUGUCGUAUAAUUGAUUCAUAACGAAAUUCGUUCUUACGAUAGCAAGAUGACUUUGAACUUACAGUACUGAUACUUAAAGUAUACGACCUUAUUAAUUCUAGAUCCUGCUUUAAACGUGUUUCUUCUUGAUAACAUUACCUUUGAUGUCGUGCGUAGUACUUUAUCUAACGUAAACAAACAUAGGUUGGUGAAGAUAUCUUAAACAAUACGUGGUGUAGACACAUGAUCAGUUUGUAUCGCUUGAUUUGUAUGAAACACGCGAUAUGAUAUCAAUGUUAUGGUGAAUGAUACGAAGUUCAAGGUUAUCUUAACGACAUAUCAAGUUUCAUUUCACAAAGUCAAAGUGACCUUAGAAUCUGAUGAAACAAACUCAUACAACAUAUAUUCGAUGCUCCUCGUCGAGAUAUUUAAAAGUAAAAAACUUCUUCAAGGUGUCAAGUUAGAGUGACUAAAAUUAUAUAAAAUUUUACGAGUUGUUUUCUCAAAAACUAUUCACGAUGAUGGUGAAAUCCUUCUUCAGCACUGCAGAAUUGAUUGCACUUUUACGAGAUAUUUAUCAGAUUUCGAAUCGUUUUUGGAAAAAUACUUAACGUUUAUUGGAAACAGUUUCUCGUAUUUUACACAACAAAGGCAAUAUGACAAACAAUUUAAUCAUAUUAAUUUAAUUACAUUCUUUGGAAUAUCAAAUAACGUCUUACUUAUUGAUACUUUUAAGGAUACCAAGAGUGGGGGUAGCUCAAUUCUGUGGUGAAAAUAGUCCCCCGAUAGCUUUGAGCUGCUAGUUAAUUUUGCUUUUAAUUUUAUCGAACAAACGAAAAUGUUCCACCAUAUUUCCUCCACCCAGUAAAAUACGAAAAAUUAUUUCAAAUAAAUGUUGAUUUACAAGAACUAUAUAAUACACCAGAAACUAAUGGUUCUCCAGAAAAUAGCUUGUAACUGUUUAUUAACGUGGACCACCCUGUACGUCUACCGAGACACUGCAACUGUACAUAUAAAUAGUUAGAACGAUUUCUAUCGAGCAAUUGAGAAAGAAAAACGUGGUACGCGUAUUAUAUACGAUAAAUAGAUUUUAUGUGGUCGCUAUAAUAAGAUGACGUUCUGUUUCUAUUAAAAUUAUGGUCGUCUUAUGGUAACUCUGAGAUGGAACGAUAUGCGUGCGACCCGCACAAUUUUUCACUCGCGUUACUUAAAUAUUUUUACAAAAAAAAAAACGAACAAACAAUAACCAUUCUUGUAUACUCCACCGCGAAACCACGUUCACAUUGUGAGAACCUUGCACGCCGAACUAUUUUCUUUUUUUUUUUAAAAAAAAAAAACAAAAAAAAAUUCGUUGGUAUUUACCCUCGAUCUGAUUUAUAAUCAUAUCAAUUAAUUUUAUCAUUAAUAUAGCCAUUACCGCGCUAUCGCUACUACUCCUAUUACUAUUAUCACUACUACUAGCGUACACAUUGUUAGAUUACAUUUAUUUCUAACGAAUAUAUUUUUAGUCAAUUCGAACGAUGUUUCUGUUUUCGUCGCGAAUAUUUGCUGUAUGUAACAUUCCCAAGCUACAGUAAAGGGUCGGAGAAAAAAUAAAAAGAAAGAUGAGGUUUAGCGAGAGAAGCGUUUUAAGUAUUAGGUAGGAAGUUCUAAUAGGUAACGAGAAUUAAAUUAAAGAAUGUUGUGUACAUAGAUAUUGACUAUUAUACGAUAAUAUUAAACUGCUUAUAGAUGUAAUGUAUUUUUUGUAGGGACCAUAAUAUAAGCAGAAAAAACAAUAUGAGACGUUUUGAUCAGUACCGAAGAGUGAUAUGAAAUUGCAACGGUUCUGUGUAAAGUUUAUGAAAAAGCAAUACAUGGUUGCUUGCGAGAUGAAACGAGAGUUUAGAGAAUUAUAUGGAUUGUGUAUAUAAAGCUCACAAAUUAGGAGUUACGCGUGUCGAAUGUUUCGUGUUAACGAUUAUGUUGAAAGUAGCGAUGGGACUAAGACAUGUUUUGAUCAAAGUUGAAGAAGAUUUAUUCGAUUGAACCGUUACUCGUUUUACGAUUCAGACUCCAAGCUUCAUUCAACGUGUAACAAAUGAAACAUGGAAUGUCUUUUUAAUCGUUAAUCGAAGCUUGCGUCUGGAUAAGAAUCUUGCUCACGCACGGUUUUGUAACGUCGAUACGUUUCAAACUGAUACUAUUGUAUUGAACGAUUCUGUCGAAUGUCAACAGUCGAUUCGAAAUUUAUUGAGAUACGCGAUCGUCGUAUCGAUACUCAUCAAUUAUACCAAGUUCGAUGGCUGUUCAAACACAGUCAUCACCGUUUUGAAAUUCAAGAAGACAAUCAAUCUGAACGUCAUUCGCAAUUGGUAGACUGCAGAUGUUUAUGCAAAUUAACAUUUUCAGAAUACCUUAUCUUCCAAAAGGUGUAACACGUUCAUUAUUGCUGAAAUUUGACAUAUUUUUCCAUUUGUGCUGAUUCUAAUAAAUUUCUCUAUACUUUAAAUUGUCAUAGAUGCAUAAACAUCUGCAGUCUAGCAAUCAGUAUCUUUUUUAGAUUGCAAUCUGAAAAAAAUUCGAUCUUAUCGAGUCUUUCAAACAUAUGGGGAAGAAAGAAAUACAAGGAACAUCAGUAAUAAUUGUUCUCAAAUAAUAAUGAUUCGUAAACAAACAAAUAAUUGAUAUGUGUCGAUAUUAAGGAAUAUGUAACUUGGUUCUAUCGCUUGUUGAAGAGUUCCAAAACGAAUUUAGGACGGGUGCGAUAGGAGCGUUAAUGUUUCUUUGUGAAAGCAUUCGCAGAGAAGACUCUGAUGUCGCUUUGAUUCCGUUUAGCGAAAACAAGGUCUUCCCUUCGAACAGAUUGCCGUAACGAGUCGAAUUGGACAGUUCAGACUUCGGAAACUGCAAAGCAUUAUGGUCCGAACGGACUCGAUUGACCGCUCAAGGGCACUUCCAUCACUGUAAACCGCUUUAGACACUAACAAUUUCAUUUGAGUACAUCAUAUUUAAACAUCAGCAAUUUUGUAAUGUAUCCAUUCAUAUUUGUUCAGUGGAUUGUACAGUAAUUGUAAACUGUUACUAGUGAAUGCAAAUGAAGUCGUUCAUUAGGAGAUGAUUAGACUGCGAAUGUUUAUGCAAAUUCGUAUUUUCACUGAUACAGAACCAGAAUUUAAACUUAAAUGAAAGUAUGUCUUCUAAUCGGUAUAACAUGUAUAUUAUUGUUGAUAUUUUAUAUAUUUUUGCAUUUGUCCACGUUCUCAUAGAUGUAUAAUGCAUAAACAUCCGCAGUCUAGUGCUGGUACACCCUCUCUAGCAUUAAUGUUACAAUCAAAGCAUGUGUAUUUAGCGAAUGUAUACAUGACCAUGCAGUGACUUUUCUCAAUUUAUGUUACACCAUAAAUGUACAAUAUUUUAGCACUUGCAUGUCAGGUUGAGAGUUUAAAGGUGGUACAGUGCGACGAAGAGAUGGAGGAGCAACCGAACAGUAUGGUGAGCAGGGGAGGUGCCUCGAUGGUCUUGAGCGGCCAAACGAUUCGGUCCUCACUUAUGGGAGACAUUGCAAGGAAAGUGAAUUGCCUGUAUCCUUCGAAAGAUGGUCUCGAAGUAGCACUAAGGAUUCAUACGUUCACAACAGUUUAUGUAUUAACGAACGAAAAGACCACUGAGCGUCUGAACAGAAGCAUUUCAAUCCGAUUCCAACAGUUUGUACAUGUAACGUGAAAUGCCAUUUUCGUACUACACGCAUACACACGUAUACACACCGUUACUUUGCUAAAAUCGUACAACUUUCAUACGAACAGUGCUUGAACUUAGUCGCGCAGCGAGCGAACGACUCGACGUGUAAAUGAAAUCGACUUUUAUAACAGGCGAACAAGAUCGACACAGAAACGAUUCUCAAUGGGCGGCUGAUUCUGUUGCACCGUGUAACUUGAAAUAUGCCUUAAAAAAAAAGAAAGAUAAAAAAAAACGUAAUUAAUAAGAAACGCGUGACGAUGGUACAACUGGCAAGGAAAUCAAUAGUGAUGAUGAAUGAUCGUAAAUUUGCAGACAGAGAGAAAGAGAUAUUAUAUAUAUAUAUAUAUAAAUAUAUAUAAAUAUAUAAAAAGAUAAUGUUAGAUCUAAGAGAAUCUUGUAUCGUCGGAUAUAAUUUAUCGUUUUCUCGAUUAUGAUUUCACACUGUAGAGAUUAAUAUGUCUGUGCGUACGCGCUCAACGCUGUUCGUUGUCGAGAAACCUUCUGUUCUCAUAUCAGACACUCUGAGCCUCUUCCUUCGAUCCUGGACCGAACACUUUGUAAGUCAUCGUUAGGUUCCAUGACGGUUUAUUUAACACUGAGACGACGAGACGACGUUAACGAUCGCCGUCGUUAUCGAUGCCUCCUUUUACUCGACUUUCAUCCAAAACUUAAUUUCUUCAGAAGUAAGGCACAAACAAUGUAUUUACAAUGAAUAAAUGUUUUGAAACCUGUUAACUAAA